UUUAAAGAACAAUCGUUGCUGCUAAAUGUUCGUCGGAAAGUGAUUCUUCGUCAUCAGAAGACAAUGUCUUCGGGAAUGAAAAUGUAAACUCAAGAACUCCCCUGUUCUUAUCCCGAUACAUUCAGAGAGGAAAAAUUGCUGAAGGACAGUUUUUAGCAGAAGUUAGACAACCGGAACUGUUGAAGAAGAAAAUUAAAAGCUAUUCCGGCUAUUUUACUGUUGACGAACGGUUCGAUUCCAAUAUGUUCUUCUGGUUCUUCCCUGCGAAAAACAACCAAAAGAACGCUCCACUAAUUUUAUGGUUGCAAGGAGGUCCUGGUGCUUCGUCGUUAUACGGACUGUUCAUGGAAAACGGACCAAUCUAUGUCAAUAAGGACAACACUCUCCCAUGGAAUGAAAAUCUUAAUUUACUGUACAUCGACAAUCCAGUGGGCGCUGGCUUCAGCUUUACAAACAGUUCGGAUGGGUAUUUAACGAAUCAAGUGGAUGUUGGAAAAAAUUUGUUCUCCACCGUCAGUCAAUUUCUCCAAUUGUUCCCGGAGCUAAGAAAGAACGAAUUUUACAUCUCCGGAGAGUCCUACGCCGGAAAGUACGUACCAUCUUUAGCUUAUACGAUUUAUUUGAACAGAAAUAGCCAAAAUCCCAACGAUCGCAUCAAUCUGAAAGGCUUCGCGAUAGGCAACGGGGUCACGGAUCCCAUUAAUCAAAUUGCUUUCGGCGAAUUAUUCCACAAUUUGGGCUUCAUUGACGCAAAUGCACUGCAAAUAUUCAAUCAAUAUGAAAGUAAUGCGUUCGCACUCAUCGAACAAGAACAAUAUGCAGCUGCUCUUUACUACACAUUUUCUCUGAUUAACACGCGAACUUGUUUGUUCAACAACUUGACUGGAUUCACAUCGCCCUACAACUUUUUGAUACCUGAUGGUUACGAUGAGACAAUUCAUAUUGUAAGCAACUAUUUGGUUAACUCAACUAUCUCAAAGUAUCUGAAUGUCGGUGACAGAACUUUCGUGGCUUUUGACGAGAACAACCCUGUGUUGGGUAAUUUGGCGAACGAUAUUUUGGCUUCGGUUGCACCAUGGUUGGAAGUUCUCAUUGACAAUUACAAAGUGCACAUCUACAGUGGAAUGUUAGACUUACUCUGUGGUCCUAAGGGAAUCGAAAGUUAUUUGCUAAAACUGCUUUUCAAUGGGUCUGAUACGUUUAGGACGGCUCCAACUACGCAAUGGCUGGUGGAUGGUGAAAUUGCCGGAUAUAGAAAGAAAGCGGCAAAUUUCACUUACAGCGUUGAACGUCUAGCACGACACAUGGUUCCACAUGACCAACCAAAAUGGGCUUUUGACCUAAUAUCAGAAUUAACCGGCACAGGUAAAAAGUUGUAAUGUUUCAGGCUGAUUUGACAAUAAAGAGAUGUUUGUUUAACUGACAGCAAAAAUAAAUGCACGUUUAAAUGAACGCUAACGACUCAAGGAAAAUAUUCCGAAUUUCGUUAUGUUACAUUCUGUAGAUACGCUGAGAUCACCACCUAGACACUUCGACAAAAAAUACAUGCGAAUUGCGUAAAUAGUGUCACACCCUUGGCUGAGAUUACCUUCGGCAUUAGGAUCACAAACUCUCACUCGUCAAAAUGGAUCUUAGUCAGGCUGAAGCAGAAGAACAGUGGUGUGAAGGAUUUGUUAAUAUUUGUUCCUGUUGCUUCGGAAACUUCAGGGAUUCUUGGAGAAGUAGGCCUAAAACUUAUUUACAAAAAUCGAAAGCAAAAUUAAAAUGGUAACCCAGGAGGACAGAGUUCCCUAAUUAAAAGAAUUGCUGUAGCAAUUCAAAGAGGUAAUGUGGCCUUGAUUUUCAUUUUAGGCACACUCCCUCAAACGAAAAAUCUAAUGAUUUUUUUAAAAUAAACUAUACCCCUGAGGUGAAACGCACAGGCCUCAAAAGCUUGAUCAAAGCACCUUGCAGGUUAAUAGAGGUUAGCAGGGUACCACGUCAAAUAGAGUAGUAUUUUGAUACCAAUAAUACCAUUAUCAGCCUUAAUUAUAGUUUUGUAAUGACAUUAAAAAAAAAGAUAUAUUCGCA